CUUCAUCUAUGGUCUCUUGCCGUGGAUAUGCAGUUAUUUUGGUUAUCGCCAUUCAUCCUUUUCCCACUCUACAAAAAACCAAAAAUUGGUUUAACAAUUUUAGGAUCGCUGAUCGUUGCUUCAGCCACUGUAACCGCGGCAAUUGUAGGCUACAACCAGUAUUCUGCUAUUUAUUUCACGCGUGAACUAAACAUGACCCACUUUUUGGAAUCAUUCAAAGACGUUUACAUUAUGCCUUACACUCGUGCAUCAGCCUAUCUUCUUGGAAUUUUGUUUGGAUACAAAAUGACAAAUAAAGAAAAAAUAAGCAAGGAAAUGCUCUAUUUCGGAUGGGUUUUAUCGUUUGUCGCAUUUACUUUCUGUAUAAUCGGUACCAAAUCUUUUACGGAUGAAAGUUACGUGUAUAAUCCAGUUUGGGAAAUAAUAUUUGCGGCAAUAGCAAGACCGAUUUGGGCAUCCGGUGUUUGCUGGAUUAUCUACGCAAGCAGCGACGAUUUCGCAAGACCAAUUGUGUCAUUGUUAAGCUGGAAGUAUUUUUUGCCAUUGAGCAGGAUGUCUUAUUGUGUUUACUUACUUCACACCGUGUUUCCACUAUGGGAAGUUUCAGUGUCAAGAACUCCAAGAUACUUUCACGAAUAUUAUAUUUUCCAUUCUUACCUAAGUAAUUUGAUGAUAAGCAUCGUGAUCUCAUUUUUCUACAGUGUUAUGUUUGAAGUACCAAUACGUAUUUUGGAAGAUAUAAUCUUUAGCGAGAAAAAUAAAUUUACGGUACAGGACAUAAACAAAAUUAAAUAAUUUCCAUGAAGAAAGAGACAUUAUAAAAAAUAAAUGCUUCAUGGUAAAACUACUAUUAGAUGCGCAUGUACAUCAAAUAACUUCUAUAAAUAAAUUAUGUCAUAAGAUUUGUUUACUAAAAUAAUCAUGAUUAUGUGAUCAGUUUGAAUACAAUGUAAAAAUCUUUUAAAAUCCAAUGGCAAAUGUUUAACA